CCCCACACCCCUCCUCGACACCCCCCACUCCCUAGCUAUUGCUACCAAGCCUUGAGCCCAAGAGCUCCUUCACAGCUUCGCCAGACCCUCUCCGCAAAACAAAUCAACUUCCCAACCCCCAAGAAGGCGGUUAUUGUUUGCUGUCGGGUCGCUGGGCGUCCAGGCUUACCUCCCUCGGUGCCCGUCAUGGGCGUCUCAAUCAUUGAACUGCAGCGCGACCUCAUUCUCAGCACUAUCAAGUCCACUACGCGUGGUGACUGGAAGGUCCUGGUAGUAGACGAGGAGAGCCGGAAGCUCAUAGACAAUGCAGUCAAGGAAGAUGACAUUCUGAACGAGAAUAUCACAAACAUUGAACGUAUCGAGGACCGCCGGCCGGACCAGAAGGACACAGAUGCUGUAUACUUUCUCACUCCAAGACCGCACAUUGUCGAUUGUAUCAUGGCAGAUUUCGAGCGCCAGAAAUACAGGGGAGCGUUUCUUCUGUGGACCAGCUUACCCUCUCGGUCGCUCCAAGAGCGUCUUGAACGGUCGCAAAUGGCGCAGAAACUGAUACGCAUGUUCAGAGUGCUACAUCUUGACUACUACCCGCGAGAGUCGCACCUAGUAACGUUCAGAGACCCGUACAGCUUUCCACUUCUAUUUCAUCCCGACUGUAACGAUCUGGUCGCGAAGCAUUUGGACGCCAUUGCAGAGAAGAUCACAGGAGUCUGCGUGGCGCUUGGCGAAUAUCCCACUGUACGAUACUAUAGACCAAAGAAUCCAAUUCACGAGGCCAGCGUCUUGUGUUCGCACCUGGCGCGUUUCGUUCAGGAAAAGUUGGACAUGUAUGCCCAGUACAACCGGGAGUUCCCGCCCCAGUCCAACCGGCCGCGUGGGGCACUGUACAUCACGGAUCGGUCCAUGGAUCUCUUCGCGCCUUUUCUACAUGAGUUUACCUAUCAGGCCAUGGCACAUGAUUUGCUGAGCAUAAGAGAGGGUGAUAAAGUGACAUAUCGGACGGUCGUCAACGAAGGGGAGCCGGGAGCAGAGGAAAAAGACAUGGAGAUCAGCGAGAAGGACCGUAUCUGGGUAGAGAACCGUCAUCGACACAUGAAAGAUACCAUUGACAAACUGAUGGGCGACUUUCAAAGAUUCAUAGCGGAGAAUCCGCAUUUCACGAAGCAGGACAGCCAGAAUGCCGCUGGCAUGAACGGACUCAAUGCCAUCAAGGAUAUGAUCGCAGGAUUGCCACAAUUUCAGGAGAUGAAGGAGGCGUACUCACUGCAUCUGACUAUGGCCCAGGAAUGCAUGAAUAUAUUCCAACGGAACAAGCUUCCGGAUCUGGCCUCCGUUGAGCAGUGUCUCGCUACUGGACUCGAUGAGGACUUUAAGAAAGCCAAAAACAUGGCAGACCAGGUCAUACGAACAUUAGACGAGGAGGCGAUUACUCCAUCCGAUCGCCUCCGCUUGAUAGCGCUUUACGUCCUCUACAAAGACGGCGUCCUCCCUUCCGAUUUGGAAAAACUCCUCCUUCACUCCCAACUGCCGACGAGCGACGGCGCAGUAGUGCGGAAUCUGGAGCUUCUCGGCGGCCGCAUCUCCAAACGCCUAAAAGAAAAACGGGAUCCCCCGCCUCCAUUAUUUGCUCGCAAAACUGCACCCCAAGAUAAUGCGGACGAAUAUGCGUUAUCAAGGUUCACUCCAGCCGUACUGGAAAUGCUCGAAGAGCAUGUCCGUGGCACGUUACCGCAGGACACAUUCCCAUAUACCAAACCGCAAGCCGAAGAUGCAGGUUCAUCAGGCCAAGACAACGUAUCCGCAGCCUCUCUGCGCUCCGCCAAACCGACCUGGGCAAAAUCUCGACUAUCCAGCGUAGAACCUCGACAGCGCGUCAUCGUCUUCGUCGCUGGCGGCGCUACAUACUCGGAAGCCCGCGCUUGCUACGAAAUCUCUCAGAAAACCUCCCGAGAGGUCUUCCUCGUAACAUCCCAUAUGGUCACGCCUAGUCUGUACCUACGACAACUUGGAGAUCUAAGCGUCAGUCGCAGAAAUCUCCGUCUUCCUGUCGACGCCCCACCGCCUAAAGCUCCAGCACAUCUCUUCGAGAGACCCGCACCGCCGAACCCGGUCCCACCAACUGGGUCUGCCAAAGGUGGUGUGGGCCUCCCAUCUCGGCCUGGUGGUGGUGCGGGUCCCCCCACUGCAGCGAUGGCCUCCAUGUCGCUGAAUUCGGGGAGGGCGCCGGCGCCACAGCUUGCCCAGAGUGGACCUGGUAGCCAUCCGCAGAGCGGAAAGUUGACGAAGGAUCAUGAGAAGGAGAAGAAAAAGAAGAAGCAUCAUUUCUUUUCGUCGUCGAAGUCUUAAACAUCAAGGGGUUAGGAUGAGAGAAUGGAAGAGGGUUGUGGAUACAACGUGCAUUGAGUUGGGUGUUUUGGGGUUGUGCUUUGUAGGAUACCAUGGGUGGAUUUAGCUUAUCUAUAUUGACUGGCUCAAACUGC